CCGGUAACUUGACGCUCGCUGCUGCAGCUUCUCGUCUCUUCUUGGUGGAUUUGGACUAUUUUCAUUUUUCUUUGGAGCUUUAAAACAACCCGAUUUAAACUUUUUCCUCCCGUGUUCGUGGACUGACGCUUUCCUGGACGGAUGAACGACCUUUAAGCCACGACACGAAGCACACGGUCCCGUCUUUAACCCGGAUUCAGGAGGAUGACGGAUCAGGACCGAGGGUUUGUGUCUCGCUGAGAGGAGGAGGAGGAGCAGUAGGAGGUGCAGGAUGGAGCGCGCUCACAGCCUCCUCCUGAACGAGGAGGUUCUGGCUCAGCUCAGUGAACAUCAGAAAGCAGAGUUCAUCUUCGAAUGGUUGAACCACCUGAAGAAGCUGCUUCCAGUCACAGAACGGGCCGACGUGAAACUCAACCAGCGGCGCCUGGUGGAGCAGCUGUCGGUGGUUCUGGUUGGUUCUCCCGGGCUGCCGACCCGCUGGCUGCUGGCCCACUGCCUGGCUCUGGUUUACCGGCUGGGAGACUCGCUUCCCUCCAGCCUGAUGGUGGAGCGCUGCAACGACAUCAUCCGCAGCAGAGACGACUCUCCGUCCGGGCUCCCGACACGACUGGCGGCCAUCGCGUGUCUCGGCGCUUUGUACGAGCAGCUCGGUCGGAUGCUGAUCGGCUCCUUCAAAGACACGUUAGUGAACCUGCUGAAGGCCAUGAAGAGCGCUGAGUCUCAGGGUCGCUAUGAGAUCAUGUCUAGUGUGGAGAGGAUCCUACGAGGUUUGGGCGUCGGCGCCGUCCAGAGUCACCGUGACGUCUACAAGGCGGCGAGGACGUGUCUGACGGAUCGGUCCAUGUCCGUGCGCUGUGCCGCCGCCAAGUGUUUGCUGGAGCUGCAGAGGGAGGCGGUUUUCCUGUGGACCAGCGAACUGGACAACGUGGCCACUCUGUGCUUCAGGGCCUUCGAGGGAUCCAACCACAACGUCCGAGUGUCCGUCGCCAAACUGCUGGGGACUCUGCUGGCGGCUGCCGUGGAGCCCAGACAGCCCACGGCCCCCAGGCAGGGCGGCCGGGGGCGGAGCUCCCUGGAGGAGGUGAUGGAUUUGCUGUCGGGGGGGUUCCUUCGGGGCGGGGGGGGUUUCCUCCGAGCGAGCGGAGACAUGUUGAAGGGGACGAGCUCCGUCAGCAAGGACGUCCGCAUCGGAGUCACACAGAUCUGCGUGGUGCUCGUCUCCACCCUGGGCGGCUCCUGGCUGGAGACAAACUUCCCGUCCUUCCUGUCUCUGCUGAUGGAGCUAGCGUCCCACGCUAAGGCUACGCAGACGCCGGGCGACGCCGCCGUGACGCGCUGCUGCGUCUCCUUCAUCCUGAGGAGCACGUUGGGGUCUUUGCUGGGGGAGAAGGCCCAGAUCAACGCCGCCAAACAGCUGUGCGUCACCGUGGCCUCCCAGAAACGCGCCAUCGAUGCAGCUCUGACCGACGGGAACGUGGAGGCCAGAGUUUCCGCCGCAGACGUCUCAGCCAGUCAGCAUGUGCUGGUCUGCUGCCUCCUGGAGCUGGGAGGACUGAUCCAGGGACUGGGAUCCACGGCCGCCCCACUGCUCACCGACACCACCACAGCCCUCCUGGACACGGUGGUCUCCGUCCUCCUCCACCCGGCCUCCUCGGCCCGGCUCGCCGCCGCCUGGUGCCUGCGCUGCGUCGCCAUGGCGAUGCCGUCCCAGUGCUCGCCGCUGCUGGACCGAUGCUCCGAGCGCCUGGUCGCCAUGAAGUCGUCCCCCGAGGCCGUGGCCGGGUACGGAGCCGCCGUCGCCGCCCUGGUGGCGGCCGUGCAGCACUGCCCCCUGGGAAUACCACAAACCAAGGGAAAGGUGGUUCUGGCUCUGGCUGAAGACCUGCUCAGAUCUGCCUCCCAGAACAGUCGCAUCUCUCUGGAGAGGACUCAGGCCGGAUGGCUGCUCCUGUCCUCCCUCAUCACUCUGGGUCCGGCGGUGGUGGAGCUCCACCUGUCCCGCCUCCUCCUCCUCUGGCGUUGUGUGUUUCCUGCUUCGCUGAGGGAGCAGGACAUGGAGCUGCGUCGGGGGGACUACUUUACGUGGCAGGUUACGCUGGAGGGACGAGCCGGGGCGCUCUGCGGUCAUGUCGUAUGUGGUCUUCCUGGUUUGCCUGCUCUCCUCAGGUCGUACGGUGGCUCAGUGCGUUGUGCGUCGGUCGUCUACAGACUCAGAGUCUAUGAGCUUCUGGCUUUGCUGCCUCCUCACACCUACCAAGAAAGCUUCGGUUUGGUGAUGAACCAGCUGGUGUCUGAUCUGUCCUCUCAGGACAACCUGAACCAGCCCCAGUGUUCAGAUCUGACCCUGCUGCCCCCCCUCUGCCACCAGGACGACCUGCCGCUGGUCGGCCCCGCCCUCGGCCCCGCCCACCACAGGUUCAUAGAGGAGCAGCUCCACGGCUACAGCUCUGGGGGCGGGGCUCUGGACCACGACGCCUUCAGUCUGUGCCAGCGGGGGGAGGACGUUCCAGCUCCGCCCCCUCCUCCCGCCGCUCUGACCGCCGCCGCCGUCCGUCUCUUUGGGACCCUCUUCCCUCACGUCAUCUCCGCUCAAAGGGUGAAGAUACUGGAGCAGUUUGUGGAAACGUUGAACCAGCUGAAGGGUCAACGGCAGCAGAACGUCCAGACUCACGUGUGCGCCGCCCUCUGCAGUCUGCUCAAGCAACAGGGCAGCAGUCGGGGUUCGCUGGGGCCAGAGGACGUCCGUCCUCCGGCGUUGUCCCUCCUGACGGGGGCGCUGGAGAGCGCGAGUCCUCUGCUGCGCUGCCUGGCGGCUGAAGGUUUGGCCCGACUGGUCCAGGUGGUCGGAGACCCGGGAUUCACCGUCUCCGUCUCCCUGCUCUGCUUCGACAGGCUGAAGGCGGCUCGGGACGCAGCCAGUCGCAGUGGCUUCGCUCUGGCUCUGGGGGCGCUGCACCGUCACACCGGAGGAAUCGGAUCCCCUCAACACCUGAGCACCUGCCUGGGCGUCCUGUUCACGCUGAGCCAGGACAGCACGUCCCCCGAGGUCCAGACCUGGUCUCUCCACAGCCUGUCUCUGGUGGUGGACCUGUCCUCCGGUCUCUACCGUCCCCACGCCGAGCCGUCCUUCGCUCUGGUUCUUCGGCUGCUGCUGUCGACUCCUCCCACCCACCCGGAGGUGCUGUACAGUCUGGGACGCUGCCUGCACGGCCUCAUCACCUGCCUGGGCCCCGACCUGCAGGGUGAGGGGGCGUCCGUGUCCGGGCUGCGCUCCAGUUGCCUGGUGGGAUGUGGGGUGAUGCAGGCCAGUCCCGACUGCCUGGUCCAGGCCAGAGCCUUUUCCUGUUUGCAGCAGCUGCACAUGUUCUCGCCUCCACACGUCAACCUGGCCGGACUCGUACCUGCGCUCUGUGAGAUCUUGUUGGAUUAUUCCAUGUUGGACAACCUGUGCAGCUCGUUCCUGUGCCUGCGUCGGGCCGUGGUGGCGUGUUUGAGGCAGCUCGUCCAGCGGGAGGCGCUAGCGGUCUCCGAACACGCCGUCGCUCUGGUCAAAGAGCUGCCGAGGAGAGACAACAACCAGCUCGACGUCACCAUCAAGGAGGUGGGUCUGGAAGGAGCCCUGUUCACUCUGCUGGACCGGGAGUCGGAUCCAGGUCUGAGGAGGGACAUCCAGGAGACUCUGGUCCACAUGAUGGCGUCCAGUCCCAUCAGCAGCAAACUGGGACACUGGCUCAAACUCUGCAAAGACGUCCUGUCUGCGACCACGGACGGCCGAGCUCCGGUGGAGACGAGUCAGGAGGACGAGGAGACGGACUCCAGCCGAGACGACGACUCGUCCACGUUCAAGGCGCGGUCCGAGUCCAGCGGCCCGUUCAAGGCGCUGCGCUGGGCCACGCGCCGCUUCGCUAUGGAGUGUGUGUGUCGCAUCGUGGCUCAGUGUGAGAACGCAGACCCCGCCCACUUCGACAUGGCUCUGGCUCAGGAACGACGUCUUCACGAGUCGUCUGACUUCCUGGUCCUCCAUCUUGGUGAUCUGGUCCGGAUGGCGUUCAUGGCGGCGACGGACCACAGCGACCAGCUGAGGCAGGCGGGGCUCCAAACUCUGCUGGUGAUCAUCAGACGCUUCUCCGCCAUCGCUGAGCCCGAGUUCCCCGGUCACGUGAUCCUGGAGCAGUACCAGGCCAACGUUGGAGCUGCUCUCAGACCGGCCUUCACGACUGAUGCUCCUCCUGACGUCACGGCCAAGGCCUGCCAGGUGUGCAGUGCGUGGAUUGCCAGCGGCGUGGUCAGCGACCUCCGUGACCUGCGGCGCGUCCACCAGCUCCUGGCCUCCUCAUUGGCCAAGAUCCAGAGUGGGCGGGACCCGUCCAGCCAGCUGUACAACGAGGCCACGGUUACCAUGGAAACGCUGGCCGUCCUCAAAGCCUGGGCCGAGGUUUACAUCGUCGCCGUCCAGAGGAGCGAGCUGAAGGAGGGCGCCGACGAUCCAGACGCCUCCUCCUCUCUGGCCAAUGAGGGCGCAGGUUCUGAGUCGGGGGGGGCGGGCCUCCUGAGGCUGGUCCAAUCAGAUCUGUCGACACUGAGCCGCCUGUGGCUGGCAGCGCUGCAGGACCACGCGCUGCUGACGCUGCCGGCGGAGUACGCGUCACAGCUUCCUGCAGCAGGAGGUUCUUUCUACACGGCUGAGACCGUGAACCAGGCCCGAGCUCAUUACGCCUCCUCCUGGGCUCCCAUCCUCCACGCCACCUCCCUCUGGCUCCACAGCACAGGUUUUUUGACGUCGGAUGAUUCGCCUGCUAACCUGUCCAGACCGGCCACGCCCACCUCCAUGGGACGCACCGGCUCAGUGGACGCAGCUAAAAGUCCAGAGGACAUCAACACCGACAGGCUGCACCUCAUACUGGGGAUCAGUGUAGAGUUCCUCUGUUCUCCACACUCCAAGGACCAGAUGGAGAACAUCAUCUCGUGUCUGAAGUCUCUGCAGGCACUGCUGGACGUGUCCUGGCCUCGAGCUAAGAUCGGAAACAACCAGGCUCUGAGUGUAGAGCUGCUCAGCGUCCUCCACAGACUCAUGGUGACCAGAGAGUCGGCGCCGGUUCAACUCGCCGUGUUGGAUUUACUGCGUCAGAUUGUGGCGGCGGCUCAGGAGCACGUCAGGGAGAAGCGGCACAGCGCCGAAGUGGACGACGGAGCUGCAGAGAAGGAGACGCUGCCGGAGUUCGGGGAGGGACGGGACACCGGGGGUUUGAUUCCCGGCCGCUCGCUGGUCUUCGGGGCUCUGGAGCUCUGCCUCUGUGUCCUGGUUCGGAAACUCCCACAGCUCAGCCCCAAACUGGCCGGGACCAGUCCCACCGGUCCUGGAGCUUCAGCCUGGACUCUGACGGACAGCGACUGUCGUCUGGUGGCGUCGGCGCUGUGUGUCCUCUCUGAGCUGCCGUCCAUCUGCUCCCCUGAAGGGAGUGUGUCCAUCCUUCCCACCGUCCUCUACCUCCUGCUGGGAGUCCUCCGAGAACUGGUCCACCAACCCAGCACACAGACCGGUCUCCCAGGAGCCCCGGCGGCAGUGGGGGCGGGCCCAGGGGGCGGGGCUUCUCUGGACGUGGUGAUCCAGGCGACUCUUCAAGCUCUGAAGUCCGUCCUGACGUCUCCGAUGAGUCGGCAGGAGAAGAGUCAAGGAGCCUGGAACGUCCUCCUACGAUCAGCUCUGAACACGCUGCUCAGGCUCUGGGACGCUGAGGACUCUGGUUGUGUGGUGGACCAGGUCAGUCUCCUCACCGCCACGACCGUCUUCCUUCUUUCUGCUGGUCCUGACGUCUGCACCGUGGAGCCUCUGCACGCGCUCAGUCUGCAGCGCUUCGCCUCCAGCAUGGCCGCCAAGGACCCUCUGGUGGUGAGUCGGUGUCUUCAGCUGUUGACGUCGGUGUUUCAGGCUCAGCCCUCCGUGGCCGUCCCCUACAUCCAGGCCCUCGGACCGACGCUGGUUCGAUUCCUGCAGAAGGUGGAGAGGAGUCGUCCUCAGAGUCCGGAGGAGCUGCAGGGAGUCCUGGAGGGACUCCGAGCCAUGGAGGCGCUGAUCCAGGCAGCGGAUGAGUCUCAGCGUCCUCGGCUGGUGUCCAUCUUUCUGCCGCUCCUCAUCUCCUUCCUCCUGGAUGAAAACGCCCUCGUUUCCGCCCCCGCCACGUCCCGGUCUCUCCACGAGGCGGCGCUGAAGGACCUGAUGCGUCUCGGGCCGCAACACUCGACCGUCUUCAGGUCUCUCAUCAGGUCGUCUCCUCACCUGAAGUCUCGUCUGGAAGCCGCCGUCAGAGGAAACCAGGAGAGUCUGAACCCUAAAGCUAGCGGCGCUAGCUCCGCCUCCAAGUCCUCGCCCAGCAUCACCCUCAAAACCAACUUCCUCUGAGACCAAACUCCAGUUCUUCCUCCAACAUGUCGUCGUGUUUUCAACCAGACGUUAGUUUCACGUCUCCGGCUGCAGCAGAUGAACAUGAACCUCAAGUUAUCGACCUCUGGGUUCAACGUCUCUAACUAUACGAUUAACAACGUUUAUUACUUUAGAUUUAAUGACUUUUCAUUAUUUAACACAGAUUGUUAGAGGUUCUGGUUCUGGAUCUGGUUCUGGUUCUGGUUCUGGUUCUAACAGCUCUGAACUAAGCUUAGAUCAUUUUCUCGAGGUUUAAAUUGACCCAGAAAGUAAAAGGUGUUGGUGAAUAUUGGAGGAAACAUGAGGGUUGAACUCAGACGAAGUAAAAAUCAGUGUUUGAUGUUUGAUGAAUAAUCAGUGAUGAGGAUCAGCUGGAAGAAGAAGAAGAAGAAGAAGAAACUCAUGAACGUUUCGUCCCAACGGUCGAACACAAUGAUGGAAAAUGAAUCAGUUUAAUCAGGUUCGACCGUUGGGAUGAAAACACUCGAUUUUAAAUAUUUUAAUCAUCUGUUGUUUUUAUUCUGAAUCUUUAUCUCUGAGAAUGUGAACCAUUAUUUUAACAAAUGAGAAGAAACUGAAGAAUUCAAACUGUUUCCUGCUUUGAAGGUCAGAGGUCAAACGUGUCCUAACGAACGACGCUAACGUCUUUUAACAGGAGUCGUACGGUAAAAGGACAAUUUAGAUUUCAGCACUUUAGUUAAACGACACUACAGCAUGAACCUGAAUGAUUCCUUCCUUCCUUCCUUGCAUCCUUCUGUCCUUGAAGUCGAUUAUUAAUUUACCGAUUUUAUUAAUUAAAUACGAUCUCAAUUAGAGAACUUUCUGAAGGGACAGCAGAAGGUCAGAGGUCAAACGUGUCCUAACGAAUGUCACUAAUGGAGGAGAUGGUUUUAAGUCUUUGAAAAGGAGUCGUACGGUAGCCGCAAAGGGACAAUUUAGAUUUCAGCACUUUAGUUAAACGACACUACGACAUGAACCUGAAGGGAUUUAAAAAUAAAAAAAAAGUAUAAGAGUGGAAGUUUGUCUAAAUGUGAAUGUUGAUAUGUUAACACUCAAGUAUUCACCUGCAAUAAGAGAAACAAACCAGGUGAGCGUCGAGUCUUCCAGCUUCAGCAGCUUCUACCUGUGGACGUCUCACCUGGACGAGUGAAUGAAUGAGUUUGUUUUGUAACAACUGAAUAAAAACUUCUUUAAAUUCA